AUGGAGGUCAGCCCUGUCUACUGGACCCGCAGAUCCCUACUUCACCCUGGUUGUUCCCUGGCAUUGCCCGUGUCCGCCUGUGACGGAGCUCGGUGGCCUGCUGCCCCAGGCUUCCUGGAGCCACCGACUGGCUGGGAACUUGCUCGCAGAAACAAUAUGGGUUCUGCCGCUGGAAGAUGGCACUACUUCCUAGUGAGCUGCAUGUUGCUGAUCAAGGUGGUUAAUGCCGAUUUUGAGUUUCAAAAGGGAGUGCUUGCUAGUGUCAGCCCUGGGAUCAAAGGAGAUAUUGAUCUCCAAUGUUGGAACGCUUGCUCUUUGACAUUGAUAGAGCUCAAGGAACUCAAGAUCGAGUACAACGUGGAUACUUUCUGGAAUUUCAUGUUGUUCUUGCAAAAAUCCCAGCGGCCCAGGCAUUACAAUGUCUUCUUAAACAUAGCUCAGGAUUUCUGGGACAUGUACGUAGACUGCUUGCUUUCCAGAUCUCAUGGAAUGGGCAGGAGACAGGUGAUGUCUCCCAAAUACAAUGUCCCACAGAAGAUAACAGGAGGUAAUUUAAAUAUGUUCUUAUAAGAAUAGACGUUUAGUCUUCCUAAACAGUCAGUCUUCAAUAUUUUUAAUGUGUUUUCAAAUUUAACAAGCUAGUAAAUAUGCCACAGUUUUUUUUCUUAAUACAAUCAUAUGUGCAGGAAAUAUUUUGAUGAAUGGUAAUAUUAUAAUAAUUAAUAAUAAGGACAUGAUA